UUUUGAGGGAAGAAUUAGCCACAGAAUUAGUAAGCUAGACCUGCGUUGUUGCCAGCUCACGAAUGACACAUUGGCCCUUUUUCUCUCGCGAAAAAUGACCCAUCGACCUGACGACACAUACAUGCUGACACGUGCGUGCGCCUUUUUCCGGCGGGAGGGAAGAGUGCGUGGUGGCACGUAUCGUAUCGGAGCCGGCCAGCCUAAUUUAAAGCCCGGGUCUCUCAUCGCGCGCUCCCGCUAGCUGUUCCUGUUCUACAACGGGGAGAAGAAAAAGCGGGCGCCCACCUUGCCAAGCCAAGGCAUGGAGGCCGGCGUGGGAGGGGGCAACUGCGCGGGCCUCGUCGCCGUCGCGGCGGUUUCGGCCGCCGUCACGCUCGCCACCGUGCGCCUCUUCCGCGGCCUCGAGUCGGACUUCAGGAAGAAGAUCCAGCUCCAGGGGCACGGGGCCCAGAUGACCGGCGGCGUGAGGCCGGCGACGGGGAAGAAGAAGGUGCGGUUCGCGGACGACGUGGUGGAGCCGUCGUCCAACAACGACGAGUACCGGAGAAGAAGGCAGCGGUUGGUCGCUGGCCAGAGGUCGUAGCUAGCUGGCCGAUCCGCCUGCCUACGCCUUGCCUAGCUUUUGUUUUUGUUUUGUUUUGUUUACUUGGUCUGAACAGAGUCGAUGUUAGAUUUUGAGUGCUCGUGAAAGGUGUACAUAUUUUCUUUUUCUACAAGAAAUGAAUGAAUAACACGGACGGAGGCUCACAUGUUAGUUGCAUAUAUACUCCACCGUCUGGUCUGUUUAUUUUCUUCAGAAGAAUCGGCCCGCUGACCAUAAACAAUCACGUUUUUUUUUUCUGCUGGAAAAA